ACCGACGACUUGAACACAGUGUGAUAAGUGUGAAAUCCAACAGAAAAAGAUGAAAUGUUAUCGUGUUGAAAAAGAAAAAGAAAAAAAUGAGUUGUGAAACAGUGAGAUUGGUAAAAUGUGAAUGAAAGUUUCGAAAUACAUUGAAUGGUUUUUUUUUGGUUUGUCGUCACUGUUGCUUCCUUUUGACAUCAUCGUUCGUUCUUUUCUCCCUCUCGCCAUCUGAAUAAAAAACGGUGGAUAAAAGAGCUACUCGUCAACAACGAAAAUAGAAAAAAAAAAAUACGACUACGAAACAAAACGAAUCCCCACACUCGUUGCCCAUCUUGAGACAAAAAAGCCUAGGCGAUUUCGAUGCCGAGAUAAGCCGAACUCACAAGUAUUCAGCGCAACGGUAACGGCAACAACGCUACAACCAGCAACAAACAACGGGAAGAAAAAGUGGAAAAGAUAGAACGUAUACAGCAACAAAAAUCAUCAACAAAUAAAAAUGAACGAUGAAAAAAAAAAGACAGACGAUAAUGAAAAACACAUACGAACCUAAUCACAAACUCUCACACUGAACUGAGCCCAACACAGAAAUAAAACAAGAAGAAGAAGAAGAGGAGAAAGAAGAAACAAAAUAACAAAGAAAGAAAAAGAUAUAUACAUAUAUACAUAGAAACUCUUUCAAACGAACUAACCUUGCUUUUGUCGUAUUUUAAUUACAUUUCCAUUUUGCAAAAAGAUAAAUUCAAAAGUUAAGCAAAUUAAAUGAAUGACGUCAACAUAAAAUAUAAAAAUAAAAUAGAAUCCAGCAUUUAAAUUUUCCAUUCAGCUCUGAUGUAAUAGAAGAGCGAGAGAGAUACAGAGCGACAGCGAGAAAAAGAUAUAAAACAAUAGACAAAUGAAUCGAUUUAAUUACUUGAAACAACAAACUCAAUAGAAGCAAUUCAGUCAAGUGUGAAAGAAACUCAAGGGAAAAAUGUCAGAUAGCAACCAUAAUGCGAUGAAAUGGAAUAUCCUCCAGGAGAUGCUCAACAUUAAAAGUUAACACUGUGAUGUCAACCGCCAAACGGCUGGUUCUGUCCCUCCGAGGACGCAAAGAAUCUCAAACGACAGCCGGAACGUCAUCAACGCGUCUAGUGUCAGCAACCAGUUUAUCACCGGGCCAUGAGCUCGACGAGAUAGCGGUGGUUUCAGGUAGCGGAGAUUCGUGCCAUGCACUAUCUUAUGGAAGUUUAAAUCAACCGAAUGGGCCAUCGUAUGCAGCUUCACCAACAACCGAAUUAUCAACAUCGGUCGAUAACAGUUUUGGUUUAAUCUCAAUGCCAUCGUCAACUGCAAUACCAUCGUCGCGUUUGUCAUUAAAUGGCAACGCAUUGGCAAUGGCUGUAUCGAAAGUCAAUUUACAAAUGAUGCCACAUUCACUGCAUUCAUCUAAAUCAAAUGAUGCAAUACACUCACACGAUCUAGCAACAAUUACAUCGAAUCGAGCCUUACAACAUUUUAACAUUGAUGAAUAUUAUGUUCCCAACGAUGAAUGUAAUAAUGUUAUGGGUAUGGCCAAUAAAUCAGCGAUGAAUCGCCCGCAAUUUACUCAGAGUAUUUCUCAGCAAGGAUUUUUCUCGACAUCACGCGAUAGCAUAUCACCGCAAUGUGCAACACGUACGUCACACACACACGUAUCGGCAACCGCAUCCGAAAUGGAUUUGUCACGGAAAAAUCGUCGAAAAGAGCGUGGCCGAUUGAAAGCUGGCGACCAGCCAUUGCUUGAUACGUGGAAUCGAACUGGUGCACGUGGCUCAACGGCAAAUACACUGGGCACAAAUGCAUCAAGUAAUCAUUUGGGCAGCACGGGUCCACCGCCGCCCGGCGGCUGUAAUGGAACUGAUCGGUUUGGCCGACGAUCGGGAUGCUCUACGACCGCAUCAACAUCGGCACGACAACGGCAUUCAACCAAAUGGACAUUUGUAUUUGAUCCGGCUGGCCGUCUGUGCUAUUACUGGUCAAUGGUUGUAUCAUUGGCAUUUUUAUACAAUUUCUGGGUGAUAAUCUAUCGGUUUGCAUUCCAAGAGAUAAAUACACAGACAAUUAUCGUGUGGUUUUGCUUAGACUAUUUUUCGGAUUUUCUAUACUUAGUGGAUAUUUUAUUUCAUUUUCGUACCGGCUACUUGGAGGACGGCGUAUUACAAACAGACUCAACCAAAUUGCGACAACACUAUAUGAACUCAACGACAUUUUAUAUCGAUUGUUUGUGUUUGUUGCCAUUAGACUUUUUAUAUCUAUCGAUCGGUUUUAAUUCCAUACUACGAUCAUUUCGUUUAGUGAAAAUUUAUCGGUUUUGGGCGUUCAUGGAUCGCACCGAACGCCACACAAACUAUCCAAAUUUAUUUCGUUCGGUCGCCCUAAUACACUAUCUACUGGUUAUAUUCCAUUGGAAUGCAUGCCUAUAUCAUAUAAUCUAUAAAAAUAAUGGAUUCGGUUCGAAAAUGUGGGUAUUCCAUGACUCUGAAUCGGUCGAUGUAGUGAAACAAUAUCUGCAAAGUUAUUAUUGGUGCACGUUAGCAUUAACAACGAUCGGCGAUUUACCGCGACCACGUUCCAAAGGUGAAUAUGUGUUCGUCAUUGCGCAGCUAUUGUUCGGUUUAAUGCUAUUCGCAACGGUCUUGGGACACGUUGCAAACAUUGUGACAUCGGUUAGUGCCGCUCGAAAGGAGUUUCAAGCUAAAUUGGAUGGUGUAAAAACAUAUAUGCGAAUGAGACGUGUGCCUAAUCAUCUCCAAGUGAAAGUAAUAAAAUGGUUUGACUAUCUAUGGCUAUCACAGAAAUGUUCGGACGAGGAACGAGCUGUAUCGUGUCUUCCUGAUAAAUUAAAGGCUGAAAUAGCAAUAAACGUCCAUUUAGAUACUUUGAAACGUGUAGAAAUAUUCCAAAAUACUGAGGCUGGUUUCCUAUGCGAACUAGUAUUGCGAUUGCGACCGGUUGUUUUUUCACCUGGCGAUUUCAUUUGCAGAAAAGGUGAAGUUGGCAAGGAAAUGUAUAUAGUAAAUCGUGGUCGAUUACAAGUUGUCGCUGAUAAUGGUAAAACUGUGAUGGCAUCACUGAAGGCAGGUUGUUAUUUCGGUGAAAUAAGUAUUCUCAAUAUGGGAACAGCAGGUAAAGAGCUUGGAAAUAGACGAACGGCCAGUGUUAGAUCGGUGGGUUACAGUGAUUUAUUUGUGCUUAGCAAAAAGGAUAUGUGGGAUGUACUGAAAGAAUAUCCGGCGGCCAGAGUUCGAUUAGAAGCGAUUGCUGUCAAACGUCUGGAAAAAUACAAAAAAGCUCCGCUGGAGAAAGUCGCAAUGGGACGUUGUCAAUCAACACCUGGACUCGUUGAAACGAAAGGUCGAAUAUCUAUCGAAGAUAUGUGGCUGCAUUCAGCUCCACAGCCAACAAGCUACAAUCAACAAUCUUUGAUUAGUCGUGCUCCAAGUCCUCGGUCAACUAGAGGCGAUCCCAUUUCUGAGCGUCCUAGCAAAGUUAUCGAUUCGCCCGGCUCAAUUAGUCCAAGUGUGCACAGUUCUGACGAACGACCAGUACGUAGUCGUGCAGCAUCACAUCAGUUCCGACCACAGUCUCAGCCAAGUCGAUCAGGUCAUCCAUGUGAAUCGCUAACGCAUCUGGAUUCAUCGGGAGCCACCCCAUUACUUGGUUCACACGAAGCCUUGGAAGAUGAAAUCAAACGUUUACGAGAACGAUUGCACACCGUUGAAAAUGAGAAUGUUGCGCUUAAUUCGAAAUUAUCGCAACAGCAAUGGGAAUUGGAGAAUCGACUGGCCGACAUCGAAAUGCAAUUAUGCGGCGCAUCGUCGGCAUCGAGUAUCGAUCACGAGGACGUUGAUGUUGAAGAUGUUGAACGAAACCGUGAAAGUAUUAUUUAACAAAAGCUGCCCAAAAUCAAUCGAUUGGCCAAUUCGUCGUCACCAUCGUCAUCAUCAUCAUCAUCAUCAUCAUUACUUGAUUCGUUUACUACUGCUGUCAACUGUUUAAUUCCAAAUAUAUUUUCGAUAGUAACAUUUGUUCGAUUCACGAUUUAAUUAGAAUACCAUGAACAACUUUUUUUCUGUUGUUUGCCAUUUUGCUCAUCUCUCACGCUACAUCGAAUAUUCAAAAAUGGCGGUCAAUCUCAAUAUAAACAUUUAUUCUUCGAAUUCGAAAAUAAAUAAGAAAAACAUCUACUUUGAUGCUAGUAGGCUCUCGAGCACUUGACACAUAAGCUUUUUUAGGAGACCAAAAACGAUGGAAAUUUUCAGAAGUGAUUACGGCAUUACUAUAAUUUAGUACUCAAAUAGGAUUUAAGGCCACACAAUCCUUGGUAUCAUUUCCAAAAUGAGCGAAUACUUGAUAUCGACACCAAUUAGUUACAAUAAUUUCGAUUGAAAGCAAUUAAUUGCCGAUUAUGAAUAAAAUGUAAAUAUAAAAAUCAUGUCAGUCAGAAAAGUGAUCAAAUCAAAUCAAAACAAGCGAUAUAAAUGAUUAUCAACCACAUUCCAAACGGUGUCAAACAUUUUCAAAUUUGAGCGAGAAAAAAAAGUGAUUCACGAAAAACAUGAUCGAAUAAAAAUGAUUUAGGGUUAAACCUUAUUUCUUUGAAGCUUAAUCUAAAACCAAUGAUUAUCUACAUUCGGAAGCGAAGUCACACCAAACACUUAGAAAUGAACACGGCCAAUUGGCAUACGGAGUAUAUUAUGAUAUGAGAAUAUACAGCGGAAUAUCUAAAGAAAAACAGAUUGCAAAAGAAAUAAUUCAUAUAAUAAACAGAGCUGUGAACCUUAAUUAACCAAAAUUAAUUCAUUUAAAAAAAGUAUAUAUAUAUAUAUAUAUAUAUAUAUAUAUAAAAUGAAAAUAAUAUCGAAAAAACAAAUGAACGGAAAUCGAAAUGAAACUAUCGGCCACAUCCAUAAACGACUAGCAGAACAAGAUGACGUACAUGCACCAAAUGAAUGAAAGAAUUUUUCUCGCCAUCAAUAUCAAUUUGGGCAGAUGGUUGAGUGCAAAUAAAACCAGAAAUCUGUAACAUAUACCCAUAAACUCCGGCGAAACAUCUAUGUAAUAUUGAUAACCAUAAAACUGAAAAAAUUACACGAAUUACUUAUAAACAAAAUGAAUUUAAACCCAAACAAAAACAAAGAAAAACGAAAUAAACACACAUAACUGCCAAAUUACUGAAUAUGAGUUCAUACAAAGAACAAAAAUUGUGGAUGGAUUCGACAACUAACUAGCGAAUGAUCACUCGAAAACUAAUGAACGCCACGCCAUGUAAUGGGCGAUAAAUCGCCUUUUUCCAUAAUCGCAAGACGAGCUGAACGAAACGUGAAUAUGCAAUUCCGUUCGAAACGUAUUUGUAAGAAAGAAGAAGAAAAUAAAUCGAUUAUGCAAUUAGUUCAGAUGAAAAAUAACAGCUUUAAAUUCGUUAGAGAAAAAAAAAUGAAAAGAAAACAAACAAACAACCAAUUUAUAAACCUUUGUAAAGAAUUAAUCAAUUCAACGUUUUUUUUCCAUCGUAUUUCAGCAACGAAGGAUUGAGCGCGCGCACAUACACAUACACGAAACACGCUACUGCACUGUCUGCAUUGAGGAUUGAUGAUAUAAAAUAGAAGCAAGAAGCUAGUACAUUGUUUACUUCUUUUUAAUACUUACUUAAAAACCAAUAUGUAAAUGACACACAGAGAAAAAAACAACAACAACAAAUUAACAAAUAAUUAUUUAGGAAUAAUAAAGAUAAAGCAAAAAUGAGAACGAAUCUAGGAAUAAAUAAUUGAAAAUUCAAGAAUAAACAAAUUAUACAUAAUUAAAUGUAAUGAAAUUCAUAAAUUCCCUUAACUAAACCAAGUAAAACACACAUAAAAAUCAUCAUCUUUAAUUCACUUCGAUCGUUUUAUUUUAUUCGUUAGGCAGAUGAAUAUAUUAUGAAGAAAAAUAUAAGAUUAAAAAAUUUAUUGACUCAUUCUUAGGGUUUUUAUUUAUCUAGUUUAGAUAGAACGAAUUUUCUAAAAAAAAAACGAACAAACAAAUAAAAAUGACACGAACCGAAAUAUAUACAAAAUGAAAUGCAAAUCGCAUUUGAUCAUUCCUUAAGAAAAGAAAAUUUAUGUCGAAAACAUGUGUGUGACAUUUCAUUUUAUUCGAUUGGACUUAUGCAAUGUCUCUUUUCUCUUUUUUGUCCUUUUUCGCUUGAAUAUUAAUCCAGACUCAAAGGAUAGCAAAUUCAUCUUAUCCAACAACAAUAACAAAUCAUGCUACACAUUCAAAUGGUUUUUUUUCUCGUUCAUAGACUACCUCAGUCUAACCACCACAAACAUACACAUCGUAUUUUACUCAUUCCAUGGCAAAAACAAACAAUUUGGAUCUUUUUUUUUUUAAAUAUUUUAAAUAGUUAAUAAAAUGUUUCUGAUAAUUUCAUUGACGUUUUAUUGACGAAAUAUUUUUUUUAAAUAUUUUAAAUAGUUAAUAAAAUGUUUCUGAUAAUUUCAU